AUGACAUUUAAAAAAAAAUUUUUAAUAUUUUUAAUAUUGCUCAAAUGCAUAUCUUUAGUGGUAAAUUCAGCUCCAACCGACCCAAGACUUGUACAUUCUACUGUUAUUGUUGACAAUAACUUGUAUGUUAUGGGUGGUUUUGCUAAUGGUCUAUCAUCAAGAGAAUUUUUUUCUCUUGAUUUGUCACAACCAUUUGAUGUAACAACUCCACCAUGGAAGGAGUUAACUGCAACUUCACCAUUGCCAGUAUUAUCAUCAUGGGCUAAAGCUAGUUCCAACACUAAGAAUGAUACAAUAUUUUUAUUUGGUGGUAUCAUGCGUGAUACUGUAACUGGCGAUUUUAAUUUGAAGAGUGUAGUUUACACUUAUGAUUUUAAAAGCAAUCAAUGGUUAACAAACCCACCUGCUUUUCAAGGAAUGGCACCUGAAACACGUAGAGAAUUUGCAAGUGCUAGUGAUCCAUUGACUGGCAAAUUAUAUAUUCAUGGUGGACUACAUGAUCUGAGUGUUCCUACUAACAUUUAUUUUAACAACUUUUUUAUCCUGGAUGGAAAUAAUUUAUCCUGGAGUCAAAUUGGAAAAACUGGCCCAAAUAUUCCACCUCCUAGAAUUGACCAUGUUGCUGUAUUGAUUGCUAAUGGAGUAAUUGUUUUUAUUGGUGGAAGAGAUGAAUCUACUAAUGGUGUUACACUUACAUUAUAUGACACUAAAACCGACACUUGGGAUUUAAUGACUAUAGUUGGUGGUCCAGUUGUUGAUCCCCGUAUUGGACAUACAGCUGUAUAUACUGCUAGUGGUCAAAUAAUAGUCUAUGGAGGAUCUACACCUGCAUUAGAAGCAACACCUACUCCUGAAUUAGUUGUAUUAGACACAACUAAAAAACCUUUUAAAUGGAUCAUACCCCCAGUAACAACACCAGAAUUUAGGAAUCCAUCAAAUAUUAGUGUCAUGUAG